AUGUCUCAUGCUGACUUAGAAGCAAUAGGGUGGGACCAAUUGAAGCCCAACGUGGAAAGAAUCAUUUCUGACUCUUUAACAAGCCGUCGUGUUCCUGUUUUGAAAAGAAUCAGAGCUCUUGUAGUUGAAAAAUCUAUUGUCGAUGACGAUUUGAAGACGAUUUCAUUACCAUUGCUCAAGACUUAUAAUUUCUAUCAAGAUGCCAACUCGCGUAACGAACUCUUGACCACUUUAGAAGCAAUUGUCCAUGCUGAUUCCGUUUUUUUGUCUCACUUUAUUAAGUUCAUUUAUAGCCAAACUGCUGCUAAAGUCAACUCGGCUCUUGCAUUGACCGAUUACAUGACUCUUUUGAACUGGACGAACAAAUUUGCUAUCUUGGCAGCUGAAUUAGAUCCUUCCAAUAAUGACUUGAUUUCCUCUUUAGUGGAAUCAAGAGCUGCCAUCUUGUACAAUUGCAUCUGUAGCUCUUCGGGAGUCAGUAAGUACCAUCUUCAGCAUCGUAAUAGAGUCCAUGAUUCCGUGCUAAGCUCAGCCAGAACCUCUAUCGUUGACGCCUUCUUUAUAAGGUCCGAUGAAAAACGGGUGUUGGAGGUUAUUGUAAGCACUUUGGUUGCGUCAAAGUUGCCCAGUGAUACCAUCUUGGUUUACUUGGGUGUCUUAUCUAAUGCAUUGUUCGAUUUGAGCCCAGUCAAACCAGGUGUGGCAGAAUACUUUACGGAAAACAAGGUUCAGGUAAUAGAAUACUUAUCCAAUCAAGUUCUUUUAGCUAAAGUAGCACCUUCAGUUGCCUCAUUAGAAAUAUUUGGUUCUUACGUUGCUCAAUAUCUCACUGAAGAAGAUUUAUCCAAAACUAUUCAGCCAAUAGUCGACAAGGCUAUUUUGAGGUCUUCUGAGAACUCUUUUGGAAUUGUUUUGCCCAUAUUUUUCAAGCAUGUCAGUACCGAAAUAAACCUCAGCGAACUUCUUGUCAAUUCUAAGUUGUUGCUGUCAAUUUUGUCGGCAUUCAAGUCCACCAAGGAAAAUGUUAGAAGUGGAGCCUUUUCAACUUUGGAAGCCAUAGUUUCCAAACACUUUGUAGGAUCGUCAGAUGAUUCUACGUCUAAGUUCGUAAACGAAAUUUUGAAGGCUAUUAAGACCACCACCAAUAACGAUUCCAAAUUUCUCAUUGCAAAAUCUUUGGCACUUUUGAAAAACAUUGCUAUUGGAAAUUCUAUAGAAAUUUUGGAUGGCUUAGGUCCAUUGAUUGUUAAAGAUCAAAACGAAAUCUCAUUAGGUAGUUUGGUUGGAACUUAUAUAUUGCAUCUCCAACAGUUGAUUCAAUCCGACGAAGUAAGAGAAGAGCAAUUAUCCAAAUUUGUGAAACAAACCCAAACAGGAUUGAGUGACAAGAAAUUAUCGUUGAGGAGGAUCUGGUUCUGUGAAUUGGGAGAUUCUUUGUAUGAUACCAGGAAACCUAAUUCCAAUUUGACAUUUUUGAUUAAGACAAUAUAUCCUGCUUUACUCAAGUCCUUUGACGAAGCGCAACAAUCUCCUUUACCUACGGUUGCUAACAAGGGAAUUAGUGCCGCUUAUGUUACGAUUGCAUUAACCAGCAUUUUCAAAGAUUCGAUUGGUUCGCUUGAUACUUCCAAGGUAUUUGAAGGAUUACUGUCCUCAAAUUCAGAUAAGCCACAUAUUUUGACUGAUGCUAAGGUAUACAGCAAACUCAGUGGUGAAGUCGAAUUUAAGUGGGCAUUAAGAGCGUUGAAAGAGUUCGCAUCUAAUAUUGAAAAUCUCGACCAAUUUCAUCAAGAUCAAUUUGCUAAUGCUUGGGUAUACUUCUUGAUCUCUUCGAAUGUUCCUUCGAGUCAAAGAUUGUAUGCUAGAAGUUUGGUGAAAUUAUUUAUUGCGUCAAAUCCUGCCAAGUUCAGCAAUUUGCUUAUUGACUCCAUAUUUUUGAAUUUGAAAGUGGCUGCUGAUGACAAGAGAUUAAACUUCAAAGAUCUCUCGCCACUAUUAUCUACUAUUACUCAAAUAGAAGGAGAAUCUGACUUGAUACAAGAAAACUUGGUAAGAGUUAUAGCUAUUGCUGGUACUGAAGAAAUACCAAUAAAGAAUGGAUGGGUCGGCUUGGCCCAAAGAAGUCAAUCCGAUGUCGCCAAUAUCGUGAAAACUCACCACAAGAAGAUAAUUGAUAGUUGCUUGCAAAUAUUAAAUGAGGUUGAUACCGACAGUAUUUUGGCCAAAGGCGCAGUUAAGGCUCUUGGUGUACUAGCAUUUAUUCUUCCAGAAAUUGUUUCACCUUUAUUAACUGAAAUUAUUAGAAGAAAUUUGGAUUGCAAGAGAUUCGACGUCGUUGAUAGUGAUUCUUUGAAGAUAUGGAGAGGCCCUGAAGGUCAACUUGUUGUUGACAUUUUCAGCCAAGGGAAGAAAGUCUUCGAUGACAAGAAUUCCAAGGAUUAUGAAAUGAAGAAAUGGGAAGAAUCUUUGAAAAGAGAAAUCGCCAUUAAGAACAGCGGCACACAAAGGAAGCUUUCUAAAGAAGAACAAGUCCUUGCAAAUGAGCAGUUAGCUAAAGAAUCCACCAUCAGAAACGAAGUUCAAGAAGUUGUGAAGACUAUUUCUUAUACGUUACCUAUUGUCAAUCAACUAAUUUCUGGUGCUUCCUUAGUGGAUAAUGGCUCCAAAUCGUGGUACCCAGUUUCCAUUUAUAGGUUAUUGGACUUAAGUAGAAAUCCAUUCCUGCAAGAAGUCUUCGGCAAUAGAAUUAUUGAGUCUUUCUUGAAAUUAUCAGAAUUAGUCUCUCCUAGAUUAGGACAAUUGAAGUCCUUUGUUGGUGUCGCUACCCUCAGAAUCAAUAAUGUUGAAGGCUUACCAUCGAACUAUAAGGAUGAACCUCUCUUGAAUUUGGUGGGAAGAUUACUCUUCAGAAUUAAGAUUCUUGCCGAUCAAAAUCCCUUGGAUUCUAUUUCACUUUCUUAUAUCUUACCAUUGUUGACAAAGGUGUUGCAAAUCGGUAAACAAGUUGCUAUCAAGAAUUCUACGAAGCAAGCUGUUACGUCUGAGUUUGUAAACGAAGACCAGGAAGAAGAGCAGUUAUUGUUAGCAAUUGAAAUCAUUGCAGCGCAUUCAGAAGCAUUUGAAGAUGAUUCUAUACCAAGAGAUAGAAUUUUAGAAGUCUUGCUUUCAUUGAUGAGAUUGCCUUCCAAGUCAAAGAUUGCCAAAGAUUGCUUCCUUUCUAUGGGUCAACAUAUUGCUAUCAACUUUACCAAUGCAGAUUUGUCAAUCUUUUUUGACAACAUUGUUAUCCCUGAACUUUUCGUUAGAACUGCUGUUUUGGAGAGUUUGGAUUCAGAAUUUGAUUUACAUGGCGCAAUAGAUUAUUCAAGCGAGUUGUGGAUUGCUGCUCACGAUAAUGAUACAAAUUCUGCGGAAAUCGCUGCUACAAUUUGGGAAGACAACGACCUUAGGGUUGUUGAUGAUGCUCCACAAAGACUCUUGAAUUUUUCAGGUAACAAGGAUUCAGGUAUAAGAUUGUCUAUUGCCAAGGCUAUUGUUUCUGCAGUAGGUAUUCUCCAGAAACAGGGCGACUCGGAAAUUUUCGAGAAGACUAUUGAUUCAUUAAUCAAACUUUACCACAUUAAAAAGAAUCCCCCGGCAGCGGCCUUGGAUCGAUUUGGAUUGGUUAUCAAGUCUACAGCUGACCAAAGAGACACAUGGGAAGAAAGAUCUACUAUUGCUUUGACAUUGAAACUAUUAGCUCCUUUCUUCAAUUCCCGAUCCAUUGAGAGAAUAUUCAAAUUCUUUGUGAUCGAGGAAGCCUUGGGUGACAAAGAAGACUUGGUUCGUCAAGAAUUACAGGAAGCUGGAGUGGAAAUCAUCAAUUCGCACGGUUCAGAUAAUGUUGAAAAGUUGAUUCCUAUCUUUGAAGAAAAUCUUGCUGCUAAAGAUCAACGUUCCAAGAUUCAAGACAAUAUUAAAGAAUGUGUUAUUAUCUUGUAUGGUUCUUUAGCUCGUCAUUUGGAUCCAUCUGAUGAUAGACUUCAAGUUAUCAUUGAUAGAUUGAUAAAGACUCUUUCGACUCCUUCAGAAGAUGUUCAAUUUGCUGUUGCAAAGUGUAUUGCUCCAUUGACAAAGUACAUUGAACCACAAUUGCAAGAGUACUUCGAUAGGUUAUUUGAGAAGUUGUUCGACGGGAAAACCUAUGCAUCUCGCAGAGGUGCUGCGUAUGGUAUUGCUGGUCUAGUCAAAGGUUAUGGUAUCAAGGCAUUGUCUUCUUAUGAUAUCGUAAGAACAUUGACUGAUGCAUCCGAUGACAAGAAAAAUCCUAAUCGUAGAGAGGGUGUUUCUAUUGCCUUUGAAUGUUUCUCUUUGUUGUUAGGAAAGUAUUUUGAACCAUACGUCAUUGAAGUAUUGCCUAUCAUUUUGAAGUCUUUGGGUGAUCCAGUCCCAGAAGUUAGAGAAGCUACUGAUUCAGCUGCCAAACAAAUCAUGAGAAACACAACUUCUUUUGGUGUCAAGAAGUUAAUUCCUUUGGCUAUUUCUAACUUGGAUGAAAUUGCCUGGAGAUCCAAGAAGGGUUCUGUGGAAUUAUUAGGUUCAAUGGCCUAUUUGGACCCAACUCAAUUGUCCUCGUCUUUGUCUACAAUUAUUCCUGAAAUUGUUGGUGUAUUGAAUGACACCCAUAAGGAAGUUAGAAAAGCAGGUGAACAGUCUUUGAAGAGAUUUGGUGAAGUUAUCCGUAACCCGGAGAUUCAAGCUAUUGUUCCUCAUUUGAUCAAUGCCAUCGGCGAUCCUACUAAGUACACUGAUGAUGCUCUUGACAAACUUAUAAAGACGCAAUUCGUCCAUUACAUCGAUGGUCCUUCUUUAGCAUUGAUUAUCCAUGUCAUCCAUAGAGGGAUGAAAGAAAGAUCUGCUGCAACGAAGAAGAAGGCAUGUCAAAUUGUCGGUAACAUGGCAAUUUUGGUGGAUUCAAAAGAUCUUCUACCAUAUUUGAACGAAUUGGUAUCAGAAUUAGAAAUUGCCAUGGUGGAUCCAGUUCCCGCAACCAGAUCUACUGCUGCUAGAGCUUUGGGAUCGUUAGUUGAAAGGUUAGGAGAAGAACAAUUCCCAGACUUGAUUCCUCGUCUCUUGGACACUCUUCAAGACAGCUCCAAGGCUGGGGAUCGUCUUGGUUCCGCACAGGCCUUAUCCGAAGUUAUUUGUGGUCUUGGUAUCAAUAAGUUGGAAGACUUAUUGCCUACUAUCUUAUCGAAUGCCACUUCUCCACGUAAUCAUGUUCGUGCUGGUUUCGUGCCAUUGCUUCUUUUCUUACCUGUUUGUUUCGGUUCUCAAUUUGCUCCUUACUUGAACCGUAUCAUCCCUCCAAUAUUAAAUGGCUUGGCUGAUAUGGACGAAGAUAUCAGAGAGACUGCUUUAAGAGCUGGUAGAUUGAUUGUCAAGAACUACGCUAAGAAGGCUGUCGAUUUGUUAUUACCAGAACUAGAGAAUGGUUUAUCUGACUCCAGCUACAGAAUCCGUCUUUCGUCUGUUGAACUUACAGGAGACUUAUUAUUCCAAAUCACCGGUAUUUCUGGUAAGAAUGAGAUCAGUGAGGAAAGUGAAUUCUCUGGUGAAGUAAACAAGACCCUUGUAGAGGUUCUUGGACAAGAAAGAAGAGACAGAGUCCUUUCGUCUUUGUUUGUCUGCCGUUCCGAUGUAGCAGGUAUUGUUCGUAAUGCCGCCGUUGAUAUUUGGAAGGCUUUGGUAGCUAACACUCCUAGGACCGUGAAGGAGAUCUUGCCUUCAUUAACAUCUAUAAUUGUUAGAAGAUUGGCUUCCAGUGAUGAAACUCACAGAACAAUUGCAGCUAAUACGUUGGGAGAGAUGGUUCGCCGUGUUGGAGCAAAUGCUUUGUCGCAAUUGUUGCCUACUUUAGAAGAAUCAUUGGUUUCAAGUGAUAGUGAUGCCAAGCAAGGUAUUUGUAUUGCUUUGACAGAAUUGAUUAGAUCUACUCAGCAUGAUGGUCUUGUCGAAUAUCAAGACGAGUUUAUUCGAAUUAUUAGGGAUUCUCUUGUUGACUCUGCUCCGGGCGUUAGAGAGGCCGCUGCCCAAACUUUCGAAGCUUUGCAAGAGGAAUUAGGCAAGGUCGUUAUUGACGAAAUCUUACCACACUUGUUGACUAUGUUGGAAUCUGAUGAUUCUCAACCAGCAUUAUUGGCCUUGCAAGAUAUCAUGGCCACAAAAUCUGAUGUCAUUUUCCCAAUUUUGAUUCCGUCCUUGUUGUCUCCACCAAUUGAUGCAUUCAAGGCCAAUGCACUUUCUUCUUUAGCUUCUGUUGCAGGAUCGGCCCUUUACAAGCGUUUGUCCUUGAUUAUCAACACUCUUGUUAAUGCUGUUAUCGAUUCUAAGGCAGGACCUGAAGAAACACAAAAUGAAAUUAAGGAAUCUUUCGACAAGAUCUUAUUGUCUAUUGAUGAUGAUGAAGGUGUUCACACUCUUAUGCAACAAUUAUUGGCCUUGGUUAAGCAUGAAGAUGCUGCCAAGAGAGCUGUAAUCUACGAAAGAUUGGGUAACUUCUUUACUCAUACGAACCUAGACUACUCGGUAUACUUGGUGGACAUGAUUUCUCAGUUCAUUUUAUCUCUUGGUGAUAAAUCUCCAGAAGUUGUGCAAGGUACAUUUGAUGCUUUGAGUGCUUUGGUUAAGAGGCAACCCAAGGAGUCUUUGGAGAAGUUGGUGAAGCCAGCACGUCAAGCUUUGGAACUCACUGGUGUCAGAGGAGAAGAGUUAGCCGGUUUCAAAUUGGCAAAGGGUCCAAGUUGUGUCCUUCCAAUCUUCUCUCAUGGAUUGAUGUACGGUAACUCCGAGCAGAAAGAAGCUUCUGCUUUAGCCAUAGCUGAUAUUAUCGACAAAACUCCUGCUUUAAACUUGAAACCAUUUGCCACUACUAUCACCGGUCCUUUGAUUCGUGUCGUUGGUGAAAAGGUUCUGAGUGACAUUAAGGCUGCUAUUUUGAUUGCAUUGAACAGCUUACUUCUUAAGAUUCCUCAAUUUUUGAGGCCAUUUAUUCCACAAUUACAAAGAACUUUUGUCAGAUCCUUGUCUGAUUCAACUAAUGAAGUUUUGAGAGCUAGAGCUGUUGUUGCCCUUGGAACUUUGAUUGAAUUCCAGCCAAGAGUUGAUUCCUUGGUGGCUGAAUUGGUUGCUGGCACUAAGAACGCUUUUGAACAAGGUGUCAAGACUUCUAUGUUGAAGGGUAUCUUGGAAGUUGUCAAUAGAGCCGGUAAGAACAUGAGCGAAGCCUCUAAAACCUCUGUCAUGACUUUAGUCGAAGAUGAAAUUACGUUGGUUGAUGACAAGUCGGCCGUUUCCUACGCUAGAUUGAUUGGUUCCUUAUCCAGGAUCCUUUCUUCUGAAGAAGCUACUAAUAUCAUCAAGUCUAAGAUAUUGGACAAGCCUAAUAACUGUAACGACAAGUUCUGUGUUUUGUCUAUCAACUCUUUCUUGAGGUAUUCUCCGGGACACGUCUUCCAUACUGGUAUCUUGGACGAGAUUGUCAAUUUCAUUGUCAACUGCUCUGAUUCCAGUAUUGACUAUGUUAGUGACAAUGCCACUGUAGCCAUUGGUAAGCUUUUGAUUCUUCAUGGCGAGAGCAAUUCUCCAGUCUUGAAGAAUGAUCAGGCUUCAGAAAAACGCUAUGAAAUUGACGAAGAGAGCCUUGAUAAGUUGGUUAAUCAAAUCGCUACAACAGCUAUCAGUCCUGUUUCAAACUCGCCUGAUACUAGAAGAUUGUCUUUGGUUGUUAUCAGAACAGUUGCUAGAUUCCAAUAUGAACUGAUCGUCAAGCCUAACUGGGAUAUCUUAGCUCCAAGUGUGUUUGCUUGUAUUCGCGAUCCAAUAAUUCCAAUCAAGUUAGCUGCCGAAAAGGCUUUCUUAAGUGUUUUCAACUUAGUUGAAGAUAUCGAAAUGACUCAAUUCCAUGAAUGGUUUGAUAGCAAGACUGAAAUCAACACUAUUACUGGUACUUCGAUUGUACCAAGAUCUAUCGGUGACUACACCAAGAGAGUUGCCUCUAGGUUGGCUGGAGUUGAAAGAGAGAGAAUUGAAGCUGGUGGUGAUGAAGAAACAAUGUUCUCGGACAGAUUUGAAGAUGAAAACGAAGUCUGGGCAGUCGGUGGCAUUGAAAUUGCACCUACUUCUUAAAGGAAAAUUAGAUAGUAUAGACAUAUUUAAAACCUAAUAAGACAUACUUUACAUUAUGUACAAU